ACGUUCUUACGAAACUUGCCCCAGAGGUACUGUUAGAUAUGCCGCUCCUCCACACCCUCCUUGCUUCUCUACUGGUGGCGUUGAGCUGCGCGGCAGAACCUGAUGGUGAUGGGGUUGUGGGACGGUAUUUUAGCGGCGUAUUUGGAGGAUACUUUGGUAAUGAGGUAAUAUUUAAUCCCCAAGCAGUUGAGGAGGACAAGCAGGAACCACGUAAUCGUCCCUGCCCAGACGUGGAUGUCAUCGCCCCCUGUGUCUGUACAUUCAACGACCAGGAUACCUAUUUUCUUGAUCUCGACUGUUCCAAAGUGGAGAGCGAGGAGCAGUUGACGACGAUCAUGAGCUCAACCUUCCCCUUUCCUAAUUUCCGUAAACUGACGAUAGAGAGCAAUUACAACUUGGCGGUGUUGCGGCGUGACGCCCUGGGAAGCGCCACUUUCCAAGAGUUCUAUAUAACGGACGGAGUUCUGACGGAGGUGGAGACCGGUGCCCUCUCAAGCAGUUCCUCCACAGCAAUAUCUAUGCAUUUUGAAAACAACGACAUAGCAGUGUUUCCCUGGGGGGAACUCUCCUCAUUUACAGCCCUCGUGGACCUGGACGUUAGCUCCAACAGCAUUUCCACAUUCCCAGCUCUCAUCUCACACAGUCUGAAGUACCUCGACCUGUCCAACAAUUCGCUGGGUUUGGUUCCAGACACAGCUUUCAAGGGAGCUUCCGUAAUUGAGGAGAUCUAUUUGAACGAUGUUAACAUGCUCGAGAUAGUUCCAGGCACUUUCUCCGGACUCCAUCAAUUAAGUACAGUGAGUCUGAAUAAUAACCAGUUAACAGAAGUGCCAGAGGGAUCCAUACAGUUCACAGUGACGUCUCGAUACACAGAUGUGUUCUUAUCAGAGAACAAGAUCAGCACCAUCGCCGUCAAUGCCAUCUCAGGCGUCACCCAUGGCAGCGAUAUAUAUUUAGAGAGUAACCAGUUGACUGAUUUGUUUGAAGACGUGUGGAGCCCACUGCUUGCCAAAGGGGCUCGCUUGCAUGCACAAGAGAAUCCCUUGGACUGCGGCUGCGGCAUCGCCUGGAUCAUGCUGAACAGCUCUAUCCUCGCCCUUAUUGAUGACAGCACCACCUGCUCCGACGGAGAGCUCCUGGUCAACCUAAGCCCCGAAAUCUUUGAAGAGUUAUGUUAAUGUUCCAUAAGAUCUCAUGUGAUCGGCUCUUUGAGUACGCUGGUAAUGCAGAAAGCAGGUAACACUAACGGGGCUGAAACCAGCAAUUUAAAUCACACAUUCGAAAUGAAAAGAAAGUGACAACGUUUCGGUUUGUCACGACUUGACAAGGGACCAAUUCGGACCGAAAUGUCAGUGUUCUUUCAUUUCAAAUGUGUGGGUUGAGUUAUAUAAUAUAUAAUAACGACACGACCGUCGGCUAGACAGGGUUUCUCUUUCGUCAGACCAUUGGAAAGUGCUGAUAUAUAAAUGACGUUUUGGUUGCAGACGAUGAAUCACAAUAACGUGAGAAGAUGUGAUGACCAAACCACACAUCAGAAAAUGGAGGAAACGAUGACGUUUCGGUCUCUACUGGAAGCUACCACUACCUCACAUAUUCAUCCUUGCCUCUUGCUCCUGCCUCUGGCUCCUGCCUCUGGCUCCUGUCUCUGGCUCCUGUCUCUGGCUCCUGCCUCUGGCUCCUGUCUCUGGCUCCUGUCUCUGGCUCCUGCCUCUGGCUCCUGCCUCUGGCUCUUGCGUCUGGCUCCUGCCUCUGGCUCUUGCCUCUGGCUCUUGCAUCCAUUACUAACUACAACUUCCCUCUUAAUUGUCCAAUGAAAAAUAAAAAUAUUUAAAUCUAGUAAAAGUCAAUAUAAAAAAUACAUGUAUGAAUUAAAGCUUUUUAUGAACUAUUGAUAAAAAGUUCAGUUGCAACACAUACCUCAGUACAUAGCAAAUCAAUAAAAUCAAAUUCCAAACUUCAUUCAUAAAUGGUUGCACAUUUAUAAAUGAGUUAGUGAGUUAAUGAACAGAGUUACGUUAUUGAUUGGCAGCCACACUAGUGUGGGAUUCAUUGAUGGAUUGAUGCUCCAACUGAACUUUAUAUCAGAGGGUUUAUGGGGUUUAAGUCGGGACCAUAAAAUAGAAGGAAUAUUGAAAACAGAACAAAUGGAAGACCCAAAAGAAAGUGGAGACAUGAUAAGCGCAUUCAAAUUUGUGAAGCGAUGCACAGACAAUAUACUUGAGAGAUCAGUUGAAACUAGAAAGAAGCAGAACUAGAGACUCAUUGUUGUGUGUAUUGAAGAAAAGGUGUGAACAAAAUUGUUGAUUGGUGUAUGUUUGAAAAUUAACUCUAUGGGACGUGUAUUCUAAACCAAUCGAUAUUUUAAAGCAUUUUACAGCACAAUUUACGUGGAAGUCGAGACACCAUGAGCAUAGGUCUCUAGCUUGUAAGAACAAACAUGCAAUAAUUAAUAGGUAAGACUACUCACCCACACACAGACAAAGGCUCGAAAUGAAAGUGAUAUAU